UCUGGUCUGGUCUGGUCUGGUGUCAAGUCAAGCCCCGUCUCGUGUAGAGGGCCAGGGCCGUCUUGCCGUACGAGGUGAUUAGUAUGUAUGGACGGAGUAUGUACAGUAUACAGGGGAGCAUAUGGAGGUACGGAGGUACAUGCAGAGGCACGGACCAGGGGAGUGAACACAUCAUCCUUGGAAGUGAUGAGUGAGUGCUGUGGGAAAAUGGGAAAACAGGCAGAGCAACCGCCUGAGCAAGAGACGAGGGCUCGAAACGGCAGCACAGGGCGUUGUCGCCCGCCGUAUGCGAGGUCGACCCGCCGGCCAAUCAGGACAAGUGGCAAUGAGAACACGCAGGGAAGGCGCGGUGCGAGAUCAGACUUGGGUCACUUCGAGCCCACGGGAGAGGCAGGGGUCUGGAGGCACCCAGUCGGAGCUAGACAGGGGGGGCCACCCAGCGAAAAUCUCCAUCUCCCGUCCCUGCCAGCCAAUGGCAGCCUCUUAUCUGUGUCGUCCUUCUCUAGCCGUCUUGUCUUGAUCUGGCCCUCGUGUCUGUUGUCUGUCUGUUUCUGCGACUGACGAGUGAGUGACUGUGACUGAUACUGCCAGCCUGUUCUGUUCUAUCCGUGCCUCUCAGUUUCUGUGCGUGUCCAUCUCUCUUCUUUUCUUCUUUUUCCGUCUUCCCUCUUCCUCCUCCAAACUUUACUGUGUAUACUGUAGGUAAGGUACCUAGGUACUUACCUAGAUGGUGGAUGGGUGUGGCACCCCCCUGGACCUCCCCCUCUCACCUUCCCUCGUUGCCCAGUCGUAGUCAAUUUUAUGUUGUGGUGCCUACAACAGUCAAGUAGCGUAGGUACUGUGGUAGGCAGGCAGGUUGGAGGGAGGUAGUCUCGCAGCCUGCCUUAUUUGUUGUGUCUCUGUCCCCUACCAGAGGUACUCCGUACCCAGCUGCCCAGCUGCCCACCUACCCUGCCAGUCUGCCAGUCUGCCCACCCUGCACACCCUGCACACCCUGCCACCCGAACCAGGCCCUCUCUGUGGGCUCCGUCCGUCCAGUCAGUCGCGGCCCAGUCCCGAUCAGACCCAGUCCCCCCAACCCAAGCUGGUCCAAUCUGGUCCUUCCUGCCAGGUCAAUUCAGAAAAUAAACCCCAAUCUCUCUAGCCUCUCCUAGAAUCUUUCUUCUUGUUCACUCACGCUCCGUUUGGGUCCUCCCACUUCCUGCGUAGUCUUUUUUUUCCCCUUCCCAACCCUUCCCCCAUCCUACGAUCUCGAAACGGGGACAAGUCAAGCAACUACUGAGACAUUAUUAUUAUUAGUUUCUCAGUCUUUUCCAUCCAUCUUGUACACUACAACCCCGACCAGUGCCGUCCCGCACCACCGCAGCACCACCGCGCGCCCGUACCACAUCGUACCUCACCGCAUCCUCUGCAAACCCCCGUUCGUCGCCGUCGCCGUGGCCGUGCCUUGACCCGUCUGUUCGUUGGCCCGUCUUCUGUGCCUCGACCCUUGCCCCGGGCCUCUCUCCCUCUCCCUCUCCCCCUCCUUUUCCAGCGCGUGGACCUGAGAGGGCCUUUGUUGCACCCCCAAAGGAGCUCCCACCGAUUGCAGAUUGGCUUCCCCAGCCAGCCUCCUGGAUUUUCUCCAUCGGCCGCGACGAGUCCUCGUGACAGUUGGCCUGGUUUCAGUCCACCCAACAACCCCCGACCGAGUUGCUCGAGGCAACAGCGCCCGGACCAUCCUGUCCCCAUCCACGACCCUGACCUGACCUGGCCCGGCCAAGGUUCAGUCCCGUCCUGUCCUUGUCAGCUUGCUCUGCUGCUGCUGUUCCGUCCUGUCGUGUCCCAUCACCCGGGCACUCUCUCGUCUCUCCUCUGGCACAGCACACCAGACCAGACCACGCCACGCCACGCCACGCCACGCCACCCCAUCUUGAAACCACCUGGCUCGAAGCGGUUCAUCAGGCCUCUCGUCCCCCCCCUCCUUCAACUCCGUGGUCCAGAGGUGCCCAUGAUGGUGCACAGGAACAGCUCACCUUCGAACUGAAUGAUAUGGAUGCGCAGAAUGCUGCAGAGUCCGCCGCUACGAAGCUACCUGCUUCCACUUCCGCCUCUCCUCGGCCAGGCAAGGCUACCGAGCCGGAUCAGGCCACCAAGCCGCCAUCCUCUCCGCCCUCCUUGAACAAGUCGCCACCAGCCCCAGCGUCGACCUCGACACCACCGCCGCCGCCGCCAGCAGCUCAGGAGUCAAAAGACCCCAAGGACAGCAAGGAACCCAAGGAACCCAAGGAGCCUAAGGAGCCCAAGGAGCCUAAGGAUCCAAAGCUGCCCAAGGAAUCCAACAGUCCCAAAGAGUCUAACGAGCCCAAGGUCAGCCUUCCAGCCGUGGCCGCCACUCAAAAUGAUGACGAGACGGGCGCCGAGAACAACUCAGAGGCCGAGACGAUUGUUCUUCCGGGCAAGGAUGGCUCUCCCAUCAAGAGCCGCAAGGUGAUCAAGCGGGAAGAUGCCAGUGACGGCGAGGACCGAAAUAGCGUCAUCAACAUAUCUCCGGCGAAACGGAAGUCCUCUGGUGGCAAGAACGACGGCCAUGGCUCUAAGCAAGGCAGCAGCGGUGGCACCGGUCACUCCACGGACGAUGCAAAACGGAAGCGACUGCUGGAUCACCCCCGGAGUAAGGACUCGAGCGGGUUGAGCUCGGCGCCAGCAUCUCCUGUGCAGCGCUCCCGCCAACAGUCGAGUGACAUUCGCCAAGAAUCCGAGGGCGACUCCGUCCACGCGAGGUCGACCAAGGUCUUCCCCAAGGAAAAGGAGCCCAGAGACAGGGACAGGGACGCCUCGAGGGCAAAGUCCUCAGACAAGACUGUCGUGCACAAGCGCAAGGUCCCCAAGGUCGAGUCUGACGACGAGGCCGAUAACGAAAGCCACAAGAAUCGCCGACGGAGGACAUCUGCCUCGAUAGACGCGUCGUCAACCCCACGGCCUCAGCACAAGGACCGCGACCAAGUCAAGGCAAAGUCAAAUCAUGACAGCAUUUCGUCGCUGCGGCAACGUUCGACUUCACCACAUCCUCGGACCCAUCGUCGAAGCGCGUCCACCCAAAUCGUUUCGCAGUCAUCCAGCGGCCUCAGCCAGAAGAAGAGGCGUGUCCCUCCCCCUCUCACCACCGACUAUCACUCAGACGAAUCCUCUGCCAGUGGCAGCCCUCACAUUCGAAGUUCCACAAUGCGCGGCCUUGCGACACCAGCGACUGCCGAUUCCAACAUGUCGUCCGCCAAGAACCCCGCUCACAAGAAACAUGUCGAUGCGCAUGGACAAACGCAACUCGCAAAGGCGUGUUCUCGCGGUGAAUAUGACAACGUAAAGCGAAGGCUCCAAGAGCGCCCGCAGGACCUGAAUUUCCCUGAUUACGCAGGCAACACUCCACUCCAGAUUGCGGCCAUCAAUGGGUACGACGACAUUGUUAAGCUCCUUGUCGACGCCGGCUGCGAUAUCGAUUGCGUGAAUCAUGACAAGGACACCCCGCUUCUGGAUGCUGUAGACAAUGGCCAUCUCGAUGUCAUCAAGGUCUUGCUUGAAGCUGGAGUGAACCCACGCAAAGCCAACGUGAACGGCGAGGAACCGCUGGACCGGGUGGACGAUGAGCUUGAGAAUUGUGAGGAAAUCCGGCAAGCACUGAUGGAUGCCAGGAAAAAGCAGGGUGACCGGCGGCGGACCUCUGAAGAGCAACAAGAUCAACAAGACAACCGAUCACAUGGUCCCGAUAGCCCGCGACGCUCGCCCGCCCUGGCAGACUCUGCCGCGGGAAACAGGAGAGGGGCUAGUUCCCGGUCUCACAAGCUCAGCAAUCAUCUGUUGUACAUGCACAUGGACGACAAGACCCUACGGUCGGCGGCCGGCCGAGGCGACUUGGAAACCGUGGAGCGCAUACUCCAGGUCAGGGAUAACUUUGACGACGCCGAAUCCAUGGUCGCUGCAGCAAGGGGAGGACAUGAAACGGUCAUGAAUCUGCUUCUUGCACUUGGAAAUGCCAACCCGGACCCUUCCCCGGUGGAUUCUGAACGCCCAGAAAUUGCAACGCCGAUUUUGGCAGCGAUUGGUCAAGAAAAUAUUAGGGUUAUAAAAUUGCUACUGGCUCAGUCAAACUUCGAUCCCACCAGGAAAUUCCGAGGGAGGCACUACUUCGAGAUUGCUCAAAUCCGGCAGGGGCCAAACUGGAAGGAAGAAGAGCAUAUCCUCAAAGACGCCUAUGACGAUUAUAAGCGCAAGCACCGCGAUGCUCACAAGAAGUCUCCGAACCGGCGCGAGCUAGAGGCCAAGCGAACAGCCCGCGCGGAGUCUAAAGACGACCCGGCUAGGAGCUUGAAACGCAAGGCCACUAGCCCCACACGUGACGGCCAACGUGUCGCAACCGGAAAAGGGCGCACGUCCGACAAGGAGCCUAGAGCAACAGCCUCUGUUUCCUCCAAAAACGAAGAGCUGACCUCACCCAAGCGCGGACCUGGAAGGCCAAGGAAGGACGACCGCGGGCUCCCCACAAUCGCCAUAUCCGACGGCGAGAACUCGCCAGCCAGCAAGUCGACUUCAAACAAGCAGAAGCGCCCAGACAUGGACACCGCCUCGUUUUCUUCCGAGGGCGAGUCCAAGCCACGGAAGAGGCUCAUGUCAGGCAGGGACCUUAAGGAACAGAGGGAGAAGAAUCGGCGCCACAGCAUGGUGUCGAACGCUUCGUCUCUUCGGGAGCCUUCGAGCCCUCGUGACAAUCGCACCGAUGACCCACAUGAGCCCCCUACCGAGAAAUACCACGACCGCGCCAAGGCACUCAAGAGGGACGAGUCGCGAGACAGAUUAUCCGUCUCUGGCGAGCAUUCCAGCAAACGUAGCCGCACCAGUGCCACUCCUGACCGUGUGUCCGAGAAGGAAGGCGAGCCUGUUAAGAGAAGGCGACUCGAUGCCGAAAAGAAGGAGCGACUACCAAAGCCGAGCUCGUCGCCAGAUCGCAACCGCAAAUCGACCGCACCUCGUGACACGUCUUCUUCAUCAAAAUCGGACGAGAAGUCCUCUCGCAAGCACGGUGAUCAAGCCGACAAGAAGGACUCGACCAAGUCUCGGAAAUCUGACUCGGCCUCCGAUAGCAACCGGCGGGAUUCUAGCAAGUGUGCACCGGCAGAAAAGUCUUCGGAAAAGAGCAUCCAUGUCAAGGCAGAAGAUCCCGAUAUCGUGAUGCGUGACGCAGACCAAGCCCAGGAGGAAGAGAACCAGGCCCGUGCGGCACGCGAACGUGAACGCGAACGCGAACAAGAAGAAGAGAAGAAGCGCCGCGCCGAGCUAGAAGCCAGGAAGAAAGAGAAAGAGGCCGAGGAGCGAAGACGUCGUGAGGAGGAAGAGCACAAGCGUCGCCAAGCAGAGAUCAAGCAGCGCGAGGAGGCCGAAAAGGAGAAGAAGCGCCUGGAAGAAGAGGAACGUAAGCGACGAGAAGAGGAGGCGAGGAAGAAGCGGGAGGAGGCCGAGAGACUGCAGAAAGAGGAAGACGAGCGACGCAAGGCGGAGGAAGAGAGAAAGCGCCUCGAAAGGGAGAAGGAGGAAGAGGAGCGCAAGAAGCGGGAAGAGCAAGAGCGGAUCCGCAAGGAGGAAGAGGCCGCUGAGCAAGCUCAACGCAAGCGCGAGGAAGACGAGCGUAGGGAGCAGGAACGUCGCGAGCGCCAGCGUGCUCUUAGAGAGGCUGAGCUGCGUAAGCGCGAGGAGCAGGAGAGAGCUCGCCUCGAGAAGCUUCCAGCGUUCCUGCGCUGGCUCGAUCGUGGUGUCAACAUCAGGAGUCCAGAGACGGCCAAGAGGUUCCGAAUCCUUACAGGCGUUCGUUUCGACAGCAUUCGGCCAGAGACAGCCGGCACCGACGAGGGACGCGAGCUGUGGGUCCUGAACACACAAGCUGCUCUUCUCUUGGGCGAGACCGAUCUGCAGCUCAGUCGUUUCUCAGGCUGGGCCCACGUGCCAGCAUCCGACGCGGCAAAGCAUGUCAUACUCGGCAAAAAGAGGCCCAGCUGCGGCCUUGUUGAUGCGGACGAGUGGGACCUGGGCAGACAGCUUCCUGGCUACUACUUCGGCAAAGAACCGGAACAAUUGAGCUUCAAGGAAAAGCGACAGCUCCAGGAGGAGUCCAAGUUGAAGUUCAUGGCUAUGGACUUGUUCUUUGUCAAGUUGUCUGACCUUUUGUUCUCUGUGCCGAACAUGACGCACCUCCGCAAUCUGGAGAUCGUGGUCAUGUACGAGGAGAUACCGGAGACGGUGAAACAGUACGAAGAUGGGGAGUACCCGUCCCGUUGGAGAGAUGACCCCGACGCAGACCGGUACAUGGGAUUCUGCCCACGACCAAAGUACUAUGUCAACGGUCUACUCGUCCGCGAAGGCAAGGUCGACGUCAACACUGUGAGCAGGACGCCUUGGCCGGAGCAGCGGGUGCCCAGGAGCGGGUUGACUGCGGUAUCGCCCACGAACCCGAAUUAUGUGCGACUGGCAAAAGAGCAAGGCCUCAGCCACCUCUUUUCUGGCCUUAGAACACCUCCCAACACCACUGCCGCCCGUGCAUCCCCUGGCCAACUCUUCUCGCAACGAGGAUUCCAGGGUGUAAACGACGACCUCUCCCCUCCACAGUCCGAUGCCACGACUUUCGUCAACGGCAGUGGACACCAGCCGCGCUCUUCGACCGGGUCGGCCGGCGAGCAGGAGAAGCCACUGGUCAAUGGCACCGCUGAGCGCAUUCCCCCCAACGGUGAUGCAAUGGAUCACUGAUGUCGGAUAUGUGUGCCUGCAACAGACGGCGCGAAACAUAUCGCCAACCCACGCCGUGGCGGGGUUUGCCUCCCAUGUCCAAUUUUAAAUGCAGGAGCAGCUGGCUGGAUCUCUCGACAAACAUCUAAGCGACAAGAUGUUCAGUGUGUGCCCUGUACGUAGUUACUGGGGGCAGUACGAGUUCCACUUUUGCUCCAAAACAGCACGAUUAGCAGAAUCGACCAGAUGAUAUAGCUCUGGGGCUUUUGGAUGGUUGUUGCGGUUUUGUGUGGAGGGAUGGCUGGAGCGCAUCAUCACCUGAGAAUCCGAUCAGGAGAACUUUGCCCAGAUUUGUAUGCUGCCACCAACUGAAGGCAAGUUGGAAGAAGAUGGCUUCACAGCUACGGGGUGGCUAGCCAUCUUAUACAAUUGUGUAACUGCAUCAACAUAGCAUGGCGAUCAGCAAUGAAUUGAGAGGAGACAGCCGAUUUGGCUGUCG